AUGGCUUCGCGUGAUGCAUUUUUGACUGAAGUUUUAGGAUGCAUCAAACCACCACUGCAUUUUGUUGAUUUACAAGAGUAUGAGAAAAUUGUAAAAAAGUAUCAAGAAAAACUAUUAGAUUGUAUGGAAAUUGAAAAUAAUAUAGCUAAAAAUGCUGCUCUAAGGGAGAACAUAUUCAUGAUGUUUGUGUGCAUUGAGUUGCGCAUUCCACUCUUUCUGGUUGGGAAACCUGGAAGCUCUAAAUCAUUAGCUAAAGCAAUCAUUGAGAAUUCAUUAAAGGGAAAAAAUUCAAAAAAAACAAUAAUGAAGCAAUUCAAACAAAUCCAUCUUCAUUCCCACCAAUGUAGUGGGUUAUCAACUCCUGCUAGUAUUACUGAGGUAUUUGUGAAUGCCAAGAACUUUCAGGAAAAAAGAGACACAACAACAUUUGUAUCAGUAGUUGUAUUGGAUGAAGUUGGUUUAGCUGAAGCAUCACCUUACCUCCCAUUAAAGGCAUUACAUCCAUUGCUUGAAGAUGGAACUGAAGGAUCUGGAAGUGAUGAUCAACGUAUUUCCAGAGAAAAAAGAGUGGCUUUUAUUGGUAUAUCAAACUGGGCCCUUGAUCCUGCUAAGAUGAAUAGAGGAAUCAUGGUAACACGUACUGAACCAAGCAUUCAAGACCUUAAAGAGAGUGCCAUUGGUAUAUGCUCAGAUAAAGGGGACAAUGAUCCAGUGCUUAAUAGGCUAAGGCCUUAUUUUAUUGAACUUGCAAGUGCAUAUAAAAGUAUAUGUGAUCUUCAAAUAAGAGAAUUCUUUGGACUUCGAGACUUUUACAGUCUUAUUAAAAUGCUCUACUGGAUGAGUGAAGAGACUGGUUCUAUACUGACAAGACCACAACUUGAACAUGCUGUAAGGCGUAACUUCAGUGGCUUUGAUGAGUUUGAUACUGUUGCUAUAUUUCAAUUGCAGGAACUAAAAGAUAAUGAUUCGAAAAUUGUACAAUGUUUCCCAUGUCAGUUUGUGAGUUAUUUAUACCUAUUGUAUGCUUGUGUUGUGACUUUAUAA